AUUCGAAUGUAUUGGUAUAUAUUCAGCACAGAUUGUUCAGUACGGACUACGCAGACACUGAUAUGGCAGCUUAAUGAGUCGGUAAACCGAUAGGGUUCAUCAUGAUGAAGUGCCCUGCUUGUGGUCACAUGCUGGCAGAAUCUUUUAAAUUCUGCUGUGACUGUGGAUUUAAGUUACCUGUCCAAUCCCAAGUUUGCACCUCAGGUAACUGCCAGGUAACCACUGCAGAGCAUCAAACCUCUGCGGCGGUCAGUGAAGCAGAGCCCCAGCAUGAGAAUGAGCCACUGACAUUGUCCGCGAACAAAACUGACACACCUCUAAAACACUCCAGUGAAGAUCCAACGGGCAAUGUCAAGGAAAAGAGUGAAGACUCCCCCAGCAACACUGAGCUGACAACAGACACACAUCAGAAAGAGGAGUCGUCUGGGAGUGAGAGCUGUGCAGCGGUGGAUGUCCCCCCUACAGGAACUCCACCUAAGAACACUGCCACUCCUGCUGCCACUCCAACUGUACCCUCCAAACUUCCAACCUCUCUUACCCCAUCCCCGUACCAGACAACCACGGAAGACCAACCCGAGGGUCCAUCAAAGGUAAAUGAAAGUGAACCGCUGGACGAGUCAAACACAAGCCAAACCCAACCUAGUUCAGUAAAACAAGACUUGCCUGAGAAGAAUGCCUCAUCCACACAUGAGACAACAGAUCAGAACACAGGACCUGCCUCAGUCCCAACUCAACCAGUAAGACAGCUGUCAUAUAAAGAAGCUUUGAUGGGAGAAACCACAGAGACAAAAACAGUAACGAGGAAGCAGAGCGUGGAGAAUCAAGACAAGAGGCUUCCAAGCAAACAUAAGGAACCAGAGAAGCAGAGUGAUUAUGGUGGUGGUGAUGCUUCUAAGUCAUCUACUGCUGAUUUCCCACCUGAAAAGGAAGAUAGUCCACCAAACCACAGCAAUGACGAAGACUUCCAGCAGGUGGAAUCGCCCAAAAAUAAGGACAAGCAAAAAAAGCCAACCCAAAUGAGCCCUGAAGGGAGCAAGGAUGCUGGAGUCAUGAAUGAACAACAGACAUCCAGUAACCAGAGUGACAAGUGUACCAAGGAUGAAGCAAACUCACAGCCGUGUGUUGACCAAUCCCAAGUAUCAACUGAUGACCCAACAGAUAAGUCAAACACAAGCCAGGAAGAAACAAAGAACGAAAACACGGAAAAGCAGUCACAGCCUCCCCAAUUCCCAACCAAAGUGCAUCAUGGUCCUGGUAAGGAUAACCUUACCAUUUAUUUUCACGCUGUUGUAUCCAAGCGUUUCAAGUUGGACCCAUCAAAAGACAUAGUUUAUUUGAGAUCAGGAAGUCUUUUUGAGACCUGGAAUACAAAUGGUUUGAAAAUGGAAAUCACAGGGAAUUUAGGAGAGAAUGGAUUUCUUGUUGAAGGACGAAUGGUGACCCCUAAAAAGAAUGUUGGUGUCUCCAUACCUUACAAGUAUGUUGUCUGCAAGAGAAAAGACAACUCAUAUGAGUAUAAAUAUGAGCACAUCUACCUAAAGGAUGCAAAGCAACAUGUCAACAGGUGCCUGUUCGUCAAAGAGGAUCUUUUGACACAUGACGGGGAGUGGCACCAAUAUGAUGAUAUCAUACGCACAGAACCUGACCAAAGUUGGAUAUCACACUUCAAAAACAAGUUUGCAUGGUGGGAUGUCUACAAGGAAAAGGUAGUGACGGGCAGACAGCUGGCUGGAAAGGUGAUGCUGGGAAACAUUUUUAAUCUCCUUCAAACAUGGAGUGACGUGAACAUUAGGAACUUCUUUACUCAACUCCAGCAGUUCUUCACCAAUUACAAAUCCCCCUUCCUCCAUGUUGAUGGUCCAAAGAAAUGGGAUCUGCCAUAUGGAGAAGAACAGGUGAAAACCCUUUUGAAAGAGUUCAUGCAGCAAGCUUUAGAUGGUGGGAACCAAAAGGGGAAUGAGAAGCGUGAGGAUGUUUUUUCUGAUCCUCUGAAAUUAGGAGUUAUUAUCCUGGUUGUCCACAUCAAUUACAGUUUAGAUGUCAGUGGACAUAUUUCUAAACUGUGUGAGUUACUCUGCCUGCCUAAAAAGCCAAGAGAAGUUUUCCUUGCAUACUGGACAGAUUUCAAACAAGGGCUACCAGGUGACAUCAGAGUUUCGGAGGCAAUUGAGACUCUAUUCAACUUUGCAAGAAAACAUGGAGUUGGAAAGUGGAUCUUGGUUAUCCCCCUCCUGCAUCUGCUUAGAGGGGACAGCAAGCCUUUUGAGGCUGCUCCUCUGACCAUGAAUCCAAAAUGUGAUAUCUGGGCGGGGUUGAAAGGGAUCAAAACACCAGAAGGCUACACAGACUCGAUGUUUGAAACACAGGGAUUGAGGGAUUCCAUCCAAAUCAUGGAAAAACACAAGCAUCUUGUGGCGAUGGACUGUCUCGUUACUCGCUCUUGGAUGUGUCUGUUGGGGCUGGAUAACUUGUUCAACUAUGCAUCAAUCAUCCCUCUUGAUGUCUUGGACACACUUCAACACCUCCAGUUUAGUCUGACUUCCGGGGAGAACUAUAAAUAUGAGGCUGUGAAGGAUUUGUUGUCACGGCUCUUCAGCAGAGUUAAGGAACAACAGCACAGCCAUGACAACAGAUAUGGAGACUUUUGCCUUAAAGCAGCUGUGAGCCUUCUGGAGACCAUUUGUAAGAAUAUGAAAAGUAAUUUGAACCAUGAGAUUAAUUUGGUUUGCCUGGAUCUUGUCAGUCUGAUUGCAGAAACGGCCUUCCAUCUCCAGACAAAGGAAGUGACAAAUAACCUUUUGGAAAACACGCGCAAAGAGAAGUUAAAGGAGACCAUGGCCAUCAUAAAGGAAUGGCUGCGAAUCACAUUCAAGAACAAAUUGGUUAAAGAUCUCAAUAACAUUGAUUUUGCAUACAUGUAUGAGACUAAGGUCUGGAACAAGCUGAUCUCACUUAAAAUUGGUUCAGAAGAAUUCACCCAAUAUUGGAGAAAUACAUUCUUGAAUGAUUUUGAAGGAAAACUCAAACAGGAAACAUCCAUGCAUCAAAUUGAAAUAUAUAUCAAUAAGAUUGAGGAAGUGAGCAGGACUCUGCCAUUCUUGGAGAACUCAUUGGAGAAAUGUGCUUUGGAAGCAGUCACAGUCAUUUGUCAGGGGAUUUCUCAGGAGGCUCUCUUUGAACGGUUGAAAAAACUUGACUUUAGCAAGUUUGAGAGGCUAAUAUCUACUAUUGUGAUGAAGUCCUGGCCCAAGACUGGCAAUGGAGAAUACCUGGAAGGGGAGGACUGUGUAGUGGAACAUCUUCUCAACUGGUCCAUGGCCAAAAGUGUCUUUCAAGUCCAAGGUGAAAAUCUGAAAAUGAUUGACCAUUUGUCAGACGAUGCUAAAGAGCGGAUGGUUGUGGCAAGCUCUGCGUUCAGUUCUGUCUCAGAUAAAGUCAUCAACGGCAACAUCCAGAUGAAGACACUCAGUAAAGUCCUCUCAAGGAGAACAACAUUCAUUGAGCUUUUGAAGAUAGAUGGCCUGUGUGAAGAUGGUCGUUGUAAGGACGACACCACUAUGAACAGAUUACUGAGAUUUAGAGAAGAAGAAAUGGAGAAUGUGAACAGUUACAAGAAGAUGGUUGAGGGCCUAGUUAUAAUUUGUCUCCAACUCCAGGAGCAUCUGAAAGUCAAUGUGAAAGAGCUGGAGCUCAAAAACCAAGAGAACAUAGAUCAGAUGACGCUGGAUGAAUUCAUGGAAGUUCACAGACUUGACGGGCACACCUCUGACGUAACUGGGGAGGUUACAUACUUUAACCUCUGUAAUGCCACCAGUCAGAUGGCAUUUAAACUAAAUGCUGUCAGGGAAAGCUUCAUUUUUGCUGGGUGCUUGGAGGAUAAAGCCAAAGAACUUUCCCACAAACAUAUUGACACUGACGAGAUUGAGGUGUACACUCUUGAUGUGAUCCACACCAAAAUAUUCCAGGGUUGCUAUGAUAAUUACAAGAGGAUCUAUGAGAGUUUGAAAUCUGGCACUUUAUCAUUGGAGGAUGUGGAUAGGAUCUUUGAAGUCUACAAAGACAAGUACGAUGAGAUGAAAAAUGAUCUGGAGAUCAUGUGCAGAAUCAACUUGUCUGAUGAUCAAAGAUGGAUCAGGAGGCGAAUCAAGCAGAUCCAACAGUACCAUGACCUUCAUCAAGCAUUGGAUUCAGCCAAGGUCAUUAUGGAUGUCAGAGACACAAUCUGUCCUCAAGGGGACUUCAAAGUGCUACAGAGUUUGCUGGAUGUGAGUAAUGCAGACUUUAAGGAGAAGAGUCUGAAUCACAUUGAUGACAAUUUGAUGGAGACUAAAAAGGUUCUUGAGGACAUCACAGAACCUCGCAGACUGUGUCUUCAGGAGCUUGGCCUUUGGGGGAACUUUGUCAAAUGGGUCAAAGAAGCUCUUGAAGAUAUCAAUGAGCUGAAGGUGUUUGUCGACCUGGCCUCCAUCUCUGCUGGAGAGAACGACUUGGAUGUGGACCGUGUAGCCUGUUUCCAUGACGCUGUUCUUGGUUACUCCUCGAUGCUGUAUGGGUUACCCCAAAAUGCUGACUUUAAUGCCUUCAAGGAGGCUUUGACAAAACUAUGGAAGGCGCUUGGAAGUGACAGCAACAUACCAAAUAAGCUGCGGGAUACUGCACGCCAUUUGGACUGGUUGAAAACUGUGAAGGACAGCCAUGGGUCUGUGGAACUCUCUUCUCUUUCCCUGGCCACGUCCAUCAACACAAGAGGCAUCUAUGUUAUUGGUGCACAUAACCAGAAGAAGCUGAGUUUAGACACUGCCCUGAAGCUACAGGUUCCAGACCAGCAGGAGGAAGGUCAGAUGCGCAACUACUCCUUAGAAGACCUGAGAGAUCUGCAAAACAAGCUCAUGCUGAUGUCUGGAAAGGGGGUGCAAAGCCAGAGUGAGGUGGAUCACUUUACUGAGGUUUUUGACAGUGUUCAGAGGCUAGCUGUAGCAUUUGUAGAUCUUUAUGCUGCUGGGAACCCACUUUUUAGGGUUUGGGAGGCCAAGAUUCACUGCAAUAUGGAAAGUGACACUGGUGUCACAAUGGACUUCAACCUUGGCAACAUCCUACGAAAGAUCAUGGUGGAGGGCAAUGCAGUCAAACAGCUUACAGACCUGUGCAGGAAGAUAGAGAUGUGUUUAGAUGACUGGAAUAGAUUCAUGGACAAACAGAGAUCUCAGCACUAUUACCUCAACUAUUACACAGCAGAGCAGAUAGUCUACCUUUGUAAUGUUUUGACCGAAAAUAAUCUGAACAAUAAAUUGGAGGAAAACGUCUUGAUGAUGCUCUCUUUCAUCAAACCUGACUGCUCUGUGUCAGAAGUGUGGGAGUCAUGGAUGACUUUUCAGAACCACGCCAUGAAUACAGCUGGGCAAGAGGAAGACACCAGUUGUCAGACUUUUAUUAACCUUCAAAGUGACAUGGAAAACUUAGAUUCCUCUUUUGCAAGUGACAGAAAAUAUACCAUUGAUGUUCUACAGAGCGUUGUAGACCAGGCUGUUGGUUUGCGAAAACUGGAUCUGGUCUGGGAUGCCUACAUGAAAGACAUGAGGAACAUUAUCCAGUACUCUUUAGACAUCAGAAGCCUUGGCAGUCUGCUAGAGGUGUUGGCCAACAAACAAAGCCAGGAACAAGAGGAGGAAGAGGAGCUUUUAGAAACAAGUGAGAAUACAGUCAGUAGAAAGCUCCCGAAAGGCUUCUUCACUGGGCAACCUAAUCUCAUUAUCUGCCCACAAGAUAAAAUCUUGACUGUAAGCGUCUGCUUAUAUAUGACCAGUGAUGAUGAGCAGCUGCCUACUUACGAUGAAGUUCUCCUGUGUACCUCUGCCACAUCAUAUGAGCAAGUGGAGCUUUUCUUCAGACGAUGUCUCACACCAGGCUACAUGGGGGAGAAGAUCUAUGCCUUGCUCUUCGCAGACCAGUUGAGCUAUGAGGUGAGCUAUGCAGUGGAGAAGUUCUUUCAGAAACUGAGUUCAUGCUUUCGGAGCAGCUAUAGGCUGGUGAUCAUCUGCAGCGCAGAAAGAGAGCACAACUACAUUCCCUCUGCCUUCAGUCACUUCAAACGGGACAUUGUCCCUCAGGAGUCUCCUGGACGGAUACAGAAAUACCUGUCCCGGCACUACACUGUCCCCUCACACCAGGCCAGUGCUGCAUCUGUGUUCAAAGGUAGACACUUUGUUGGGAUUGUGUCUUCCAAGAGGGCUGGAGUUGGAAAAUCUCUGUACAUACAAAGGUUGUAUGAUAAACUGGAGGGAACCAUGAGAAUAGGAACCACAUUCCACAAAUGCAUUCGCUUAAUUGAGCCCAAGGUUGAUGAGCAUAUCAUUCUUCGGUCCUUGUUUGACACACCAGAGAAGACGGAACACAAAGUCUUUCAUUUUGAUGUCACAUCCUCAGUACAGAAAGGACUGCAUGAAUUUCUGUUCAAACUGUUCUUCCUGCGUUACCUGGCCGAUUCGGAUGGGCUAAUGUGGAAAUGCAGCAGCAAGGACUUGUAUGUCAUGGAGACACUACAAUCCACACAUGAACUGCCCAGAUCUGCCUCAAGAGCUGAUCCGAUGGGACACGUUCCUCUCUUUGAGGUCUUUCCAAAGGUCUUCUGCCGUCCCCCAAAAGAGGUUAUGUGGUUGGAAAUGAGAAAUGGAGAUGAUCCAGAGCUGAAAAGUGAAGACCCACUCAUGGAUGCCCAGUGUUUUAGGAGCGAGGCCUUUCAAAGACCAUACCAGUAUUUAACACGGUUCCAUAGGGGUGAGAAUCUUGACAGCUUCACCUACCAAAGAGUUGAAGGAACUCAUGCAGAGUGCCUUCAAAUGCUCUUCAUCUACUGUGGCAUAAGUGAUCCGUCCUGGGCAGAGCUGAGGAACUUUGCCUGGUUCCUCAAUCUUCAGUUGCUAGACUGUGAGACAUCGGCCUUCUGCAACUUUCAGUUCAUUGGAGACACUCUUAGGGGAUUCAGAAACUUUGUGGUUGACUUUAUGAUCUUGAUGGCCAAGGACUUUGCCACUCCAUCUCUCUGCAUCACUGACCAGAGCCAUGCGAGGCAGCAGAUGGACCUCAAUGGACUCAACGAAAGGGAUCUAGCCCCGUUCCUCAUUCGAAAGAGAUGGGAAUCAGAACCGCAUCCAUAUAUCUUCUUCAAUGAUGACCAUGCAUCCAUGACCUUCAUUGGAUUUCACCUACGGGAGAACAAGAAGAAUGGGGUUGAUGCCAUUAAUCCAUCAACAAAUGUGGUGAUCAAGAGAAACAUUAUGACCAAAGAUCUGUACAAUGGCCUCAGACGUCAAAGAGUUCCAUUUAACAUUGACUUUGACCAACUUUCUCGGGCAGAUAAGAUUGUGCGUCUAUGUAACGUGCUGGGGAUCAAGUGGCCAACAGACCCUGAUGAAACAUAUGAACUCACCACCGACAACAUACUGAAGAUGAUGGCAAUUCAUAUGAGGUUCAGAUGUGGCAUUCCAGUCAUCAUAAUGGGGGAGACUGGUUGUGGGAAGACACGACUCAUCAAGUUCCUGUGUGAGUUGAGAAGGAGUGGAGCGCCCACCGAGAACAUGAAACUGGUCAAAGUUCACGGAGGAACUACAUCUGACAUGAUCUACACCAAAGUGCACGAGGCAGAGGCUGUUGCGGUUGCCAAUAAGGAGAAACAUGGUUUUGAUUCUGUUCUUUUCCUUGAUGAAGCUAAUACCACGGAAGCUAUAAGCAGCAUUAAGGAGAUCCUGUGUGACAACACUGUGCAAGGACAACAACUUGGCUACCAAACUGGACUGCAGAUCAUUGCUGCAUGCAACCCUUACAGGAAACACACAGAUGAGAUGAUCAAGAGGCUGGAGAAAGCUGGUUUGGGUUACAGGGUCCGAGCUGAAGAAACUGAAGAAAGACUUGGAUCAAUCCCUCUUCGGCAGCUGGUGUAUAGGGUCCAAGUGCUGCCCCCGAGCAUGAUUCCUCUGGUGUGGGACUUUGGACAACUCAAUGACCACACAGAGAAAAUGUACAUCCAGCAGAUUGUGCAGAGAGUUGUGGGAACAAAUUCAAUCAAACGAGUAUCCAUCAAGUUGAUCACUGAUGUACUGUCGUCAUCGCAGAGAUUUAUGCGACAGAGGAAAGACGAAUGCAGCUUUGUCAGUCUCAGGGAUGUGGAGCGCUGCAUGCAAGUUUUUGUGUGGUUCUAUAAGAACCACUCAAUGUUUUCUGAAGAGUUAAGGGCACUCUUCCAGAAACAACCCCGGGGGGAGAGGAACAGGCGUGACCAGGUACCCCCACCUGCUAGUGAUCCAGUUGAUUGGUCGCUGUUGAUGGCUGUUGGUGUGUGUUAUCAAGCCUGUUUAGAGACAAAAGGUGAGUACCAGAAAGAAAUCUGCAAAUUCUUUCCCCGUGUCCUCCCCCAAAAAAUGAAGCAGGAAAUCUCACUCAUGCAGGAUCUUCUCCUAAGUGGGGUCCCAAUGGGAGAGACAAUAGCGAGAAACAAGGCUUUGAAAGAGAAUGUCUUCAUGAUGGUGAUCUGCAUUGAGCUACGAAUCCCCCUGUUUUUGGUUGGCAAGCCUGGGAGCUCCAAAUCUCUGUCCAAAACUCUGGUUGCAGAUGCCAUGCAGGGCCAAGCUGCACAUUCCGAGCUGUACAAAAGACUGAAACAAAUUCAUCUGGUAUCCUUCCAGUGCAGCCCUCACUCCACGCCAGAGGGAAUCAUCAAUACAUUCAAGCAAUGUGCCCGUUUCCAAGAGAGCAAGAAUUUGGAGGAGUACAUCUCUGUUGUUGUGCUAGAUGAGAUCGGAUUAGCAGAAGACUCCCCCAAAAUGCCUCUGAAAACACUGCACCCCUUACUGGAGGAAGGCUGCAUUGAUGACGAGCCAUUGCCCCAUAAGAGGGUUGGAUUCAUUGGUAUCUCCAAUUGGGCCUUGGACCCUGCUAAGAUGAACAGAGGCCUCUUUGUGUCCCGUGGUGACCCAGACCAGAAUGAGCUAUUCGAAAGUGCGAAAGGCAUAUGCUCAUCUGACAAGAUGAUUCUGGAGAAGGUUAAGCACCUCUUCAAACCCUUUGCCAAAGCAUAUAUGAAGACUUGCAAGAAAGGCAAAGGGUUUUUCGGCUUACGUGAUUACUACAGUCUGGUCAAGAUGAUGUUUGCCAUCACCAAGAUCUCUAAGCAGAGCCCUGGUGUGAACCAAAUCAUUGAAGCAGUCCUGAGGAACUUCAGUGGAAGGGAUGAUGUGGAUGCAGUGUAUAUAUUCACCAAACAGCUGUGGGGCAAAUCGAAUAAACCUGAUUUGGAUGGGAUCAGCACUAUUGAUCUAGUGAAACAAAACAUAAUUCCAAUUUGCCAAGACGAGGAGUGCCGAUACCUUCUUGUCCUCACCAAAAACUAUGCCGCCCUCCAGAUUCUCCAGCAGACAUUCUUCUCAGACCAGAGCCAUCCAGAGAUCAUCUUUGGUUCCAGCUUCCCAAAGGAUCAAGAGUACACUCAGAUCUGCAGAAAUAUCAACAGAGUGAAGAUCUGCAUGGAAACUGGCCAGACUGUUGUGCUUCUGAACCUUCAGAAUCUGUACGAAAGUCUCUAUGACGCUCUCAACCAAUACUAUGUUUCACUUGGGGGUCAGAAGUAUGUCGAUCUUGGAUUGGGAACCCAUCGUGUGAAGUGCAGAGUUCACAAAAAAUUCAGGCUUAUUGUCAUUGAAGAGAAGGAGGUGGUCUACACACAGUUCCCGAUUCCCUUGAUAAACAGACUGGAGAAGCACUACCUGGACAUCAACACUGUCCUCAAGAAUGAAGGGAAGGAGAUUGUCAAACAACUUCAGGAAUGGGUCAAAGUGUUUGUCUCUUUGAAAAGCCAGAAAUCCAAGACAAACAGAUAUCUUCCAAUGGAUGUCUUCAUUGGCUACCACUCAGACACAUGCUCCUCUGUAGUCCUUCAAGUUACAAAGAAGAUGAAAGAUGAAUCUGACAUUUCUGACCCUCAAAGAAGAGUCCUGGAUGAAGCCAAGUUCAUCAUGCUGAACUGUGCCACUCCAGAUUCUGUCAUUCGUCUGGAUGGGACCAAAUUGUCUGAUGUUGAGAUAGAGAAACUGACACAAAUAUAUUUUGAGGAGCAGAAGCACAAAUCCCUGGCUGACUUCAUUGCAUCUCACACACGGCUGGAGGAAUGGUGCCAUGCCCACUUUACAGAGGUCACAACGUUUUCCCGGCAAUUGACAGCAGGAGAUAUAAAACAGCUCCAGAAUAUCACAGAGCUUUGCGACAUCAAGCUGCUCUCACUGCAACAGUUUGACACAGAGCACUCCUUCCUCAAAGAAAUCAGACAAUUUCUUGACUCUACCUCUGCCGACAAAGUCCUCAUCAUCCAAACUGACUAUGAUGAGGCUUCCCAGAGCAUGAACAUUCUUGCAUCUGCCAAGUAUUCAUCCAUAAAUGAAAUCAACAAACCAAAAGCUAAUGGUGGCAAUGGAAGGGUGUUUGUGUACUUCGUUACCAAACUGCCUCGAAUUGAAGGUGGAACCUCCUAUGUUGGAUUCCAUGGAGGACCCUGGAAAUCAGUUCACAUUGAUGACCUUAGAAGAUCCAAAGAGUUUGUAUCAGAUGUCCAGUUCCUGAGAAACCUACCCAUCAGCCAGCUGUUUGAGGACAUGAAAGAGCCCUGUUAUGCAAUGCAACCCGAUACAGACACAGACUUCCAACCACCUGCACCAGAGCACUCUGUAAGUAUAAUGGUGGUGUUUGAUGAAGCAAUGCAACCCGAUACAGACACAGACUUCCAACCACCUGCACCAGAGCACUCUGUAAGUAUAAUGGUGGUGUUUGAUGAAGCAAUGCAACCCGAUACAGACACAGACUUCCAACCACCUGCACCAGAGCACUCUGUAAGUAUAAUGGUGGUGUUUGAUGAAGCAAUGCAACCCGAUACAGACACAGACUUCCAACCACCUGCACCAGAGCACUCUGUAAGUAUAAUGGUGGUGUUUGAUGAAGCAAUGCAAACCGAUACAGACACAGACUUCCAACCACCUGCACCAGAGCACUCUGUAAGUAUAAUGGUGGUGUUUGAUGAAGCAAUGCAACCCGAUACAGACACAGACUUCCAACCACCUGCACCAGAGCACUCUGCUGUGUUUGAAGUCACAGAUCUAGUGCGAAGCUGUGUGCAGAGUGCAGUAAGCAUGCUCAGAGAUCAGGAGGACAGUGGAGCUCUCAGCACCAGGAGGGUGGAGAUCCUGCUAACACUUCUGGAAGAUAGUGAGGACCUGAAAGCUGUGUUCCUGAAAACCCUGAGGAGCCGCCUUCACUCUCUUCUGGAGAACCACGAGAGAAACAUCCCCUCCCCCAAGAACUGGGUGUUAACAGAGGCAUCCAACAUCAAUGCUCUUCAAGAGGGGGGAACUUUCACACAAACUCUGUGGAAGAAAAUCCAAGCAGUGGUCACACCCGUUUUGGCUCAGUUGGUCUCAGUUAUCGACAGGGACUGUAAUCUGGACCUCCUCCUAGACGUCAACUGUGGGGAAGAAGUCAAGAAACUGUGGCUGGAGAUAUUCGGCAACAACGAGAUGCUUGAUAUUCCUCUUGUCAAAGUGGAUUCCAAUUCUGAGUCUAAGACCAUUCUGGUACAGAGCCAUAUCACAGCUGAGAGGACCAUGCACUCCAGUAUGCCCUUCAGCUGGAGGAUCAGAGAUACCCUGGAUGAACUAAUGAUGCAAACUCAGCAGUACGAAAGACACAGUCCUAGGCAGUUCGAGGAAUUCUUUCCGAAAAUCCCCCUUGGUCAGUAUAUGGCUACGAUGGAUGAAAAAAUGCAGAGGGAAUUUUUUCAAAGGUACCUGCAGGAUUUCAUUGCCAUGACGAUGAAAGUGUCUUCAGCGGGGGAGUUAAAGCUUCUGUGUGACGCCCUGAACAGCUGUGUGAAUGAGCUCCGGAGGCGACGAAAAGCUCCAAGUGAAGAGAUUCCAUCCAUACCCCUGAUCCACUCGGCCUACCACAUGUACCGCACCCGCCUUCAGAACCUGUCCAGGAUGAUGUCCCUGCAGCCACAGGUGGCCCUUCACUUGCAGCGAAACCCACAAGUGAAGGAUAGCCCAGUGAUGGUUCUGGACGUGUACGCAGCAGUUGCCUGUGUUGAGCAGCUGGGGCCUCCUGUGUUGGACUCUAAUACCCAGUGCCAAGACUGGCUGACGCAGGUGAAAAGACUGCAGGGGUCUAUGGAGCUGGUCUGCUCCCAGGGAAGCCUGAGGCAGUAUGGAGAGAGGAGCCAGGAAAUGUUUAACUACAUCCGUAAUAAUUGGAACCACAUCUGCAUCCUCUCUCUGUUUGUGGAACACAUGCUGCUAGGCUUUGAGUUUGAGGAGAGGGAGCUCAAGCCUCUGGUCCUUGAUCACACUCGUACCUUAGGCAAAAUUCUGUCAAAAGAUUCGGACGUGAAAUCUGAGGAACCCUUUGCAGCCGUCAUUAAAAUACUGAAGUCAUGCAAGAAAGGAGCACGUGAUCUCAUUUACAAGUUUGAUCUCCAGUGCCCUGUGUGUAUGGGGGAACCAGAGGACCCCGUGGACCUGCCCUGUCACCAUAUUUUCUGUCUGACCUGUGUCAGAAGACGUGUCAACGUGGGCCAGAUGUACUGCCCCAUGUGCAAACAGGAACUCCCAGAUGACUUUGAGGUGAAAGUGUCUGAAGACGUACGAGCUUCCAUCACCCUAAAUGGCCAGUUCAGACGGAGUUGCAGUGCGUUUUUCAUAAACCUCGUCACUACUGUGUGCUUCAAGGACAACAUCCCCCCAUCAAAGGGUGUCAUCCUGCAGCUGUUGUCCUUCCUCAUGGUCGAGACAGACCCGAUUCCACUCAUCAGAGCACAAAGUCAGAUACACACCAAAGAUUUCUCACCAUUCGAUGAGUCUCUGGACAAAAAUCCUGUGGUGAGAUCAGUGAUACUCAAACUCCUGCUCAAGUACAGCUUUGAUGAAGUCAAGGAAUAUCUGCAGCAGCAUUUGACAUCGAUAGAAGAGAGCAACAUUGUCGAUGCAGAAGAUAAAAAUGAACUGUAUGCGUUGUACAUUAACUGCCUUGAGGACUCAUUGUUGGAAAGAAUGCCACAAGAAAACACCUGCCUUCAGGAAGAGACUGAGUUCUUGCAUCACUUCCUGGACUCUGUCACUGACUCGGCUGAGACGGUCACAAUAGAGUACCUGCAGCAGAUCGCUAGGGUCCGCCUGUGCCUGGGCAAGGCUGCACACCUUCUCCAUAGCAUGCUGUCUGGGGUAUGUGCAAGUCCUCAGGAUGUGGUUGAGGAGUUUCUUCGUGCUGUUAGGAACCUGUGUGAGAGGAGUGUGAACGACUGGUACCGGGUCUACCUGAUCCGCAACAUCAGCAGACAGCAGGGUGUAGAGUGUGUCCAGGGGAUGCUGAAGGAAGCCGAGUACAGGUGGCUUUUCCCUGAAGAGAUACAUCAACAGAAUGAAGAUGGUGGUCAGAUGGACCAGUAUCUGGUCUAUGGAGAGCAAUACCUGGCUGUACGGGAGGCUGUUGCCAAAGCAGUAUUAGAGGGCACUGUGGAGGACAUAGAGAAGAAGUGUGAGAGAUGUACUGCACCCCCAAAGAGGCGGACCUUGUAUAUCCUGCUGGCUCUUUUCAGAGAAGUCACCAGUCUGUACCGAGCAGCCAACACAGGCCUCCACCCCAGCCCUAAGAAAUGCCAACAACUUGAGUACUUCAUCCAGGGUUCAAGGUACCUAGAUCCCAAGCCAGUGAGGGACUUUGCCAUGGCAUUGGUGCAGAACAGGAUGGGAGAACUGAAUGUCCAUAAUGGCCGUCCCGGUGCAGAGCACGUCCUUAUAGAGCUGACUGUCCACCUGGCCGCUGUGUUGCUCACUGGGACAGAAGGGGUGCUUACACCUCUUCAGCAGCUUGGCCUGACUCCUAACAACAUGCAGAGAGCCUUCAUUCCCACGAUGCCUGAAGACAUGCUGGCUAUGGCCCAAAGGGUUUUAACACAGACUGGAGGCCUUCAAGCACUCACCUGGUAUUCCUGUCCUGAAGGACACCCUUGUGCUGUUGGUGAGUGUGGUCGCCCCACCCAGCUGGCACGCUGUCUAGAGUGUGGGGCAGUAGUUGGAGGGAAGAACCAUGCUCCUGUCAGAGGUUUCAGUGCUAUGGGACUGCAGCGGGGAGAUCUGACAAGGACUGGUCACAUCCUAGGAGAUCCUCAGAGGAGGGACAACCCAGACUCCCAGGACACCAAAAACAUGUCCCUCACCCCCUUCACCCUCGUCAGGCUGCUCACCCAUCUAGCCAUGCUGCUAGGGGCCUCAGAGCACCCACAGUCCGUCCAGCAGAUCAUCCAGCCUCCAGUUGCUGACCCCUGUGGAUUUCUGGUCCUUCACCUGCUAAAGGAUAUGGAUCAUGUGACCAAAGCCCUGGGGAAGGGAACAGAUGGCACGGUCACCGCCAUCCACCUGAUAAUCAGAUCCAUCCUGGAGUCACCACAGACCAAUCCAUGGAUGGCUGGCUGUGAUUCCCAACUGUCAACUAAAGAGGCCAGAAAUACCUGGGAGACAACCGUUGCUACCGACAUCAUCACUCCUCAGUUGAAGCAUCUUGACCAGCGGCUGAGAGAGGUGAAUGCCACAAUCAGAAAUGACUCGCGUGUCUCCUCUAACUUCAUCAUGAGGGUGACAUUCGGGGAUGAGUGUCCGUUGUCCUCGCUUCCUCGGGGCUCCCAGGUCCACUGUUCAGGAGUGUGGAGCUGCAGAGAGAGGGUGUCCCUACUCAGCCUCACCCACAUCGUAGAGCAGAACGACGGAAAGGACAAGCUCCCUCUACUAUGGAGGUUCCUACAGAAGGAGGCAGAGUUCCGGCUGGUGAGGUUCCUUCCAGAUAUCCUGGCCCUGCAGAAGAGUCUGGUGAAAAGGUUCCAGAGGUCAUCAGACUUGAUGAAUGACUCCAUUAGAGAGUUCAUCCAGAAACAGUCAGCACCGAUGAGAGUGUGCUAUGAGAAACGAAUCCAGAUCUUCCUGAAUACAUGGAACUUGCUCAGAUUGUCAGUAGCCACCAGUGAAAUAAAGAUCCCAGAAGAGUUCUGGAAGGAGAAUUUGGACCAGGACAGUGACCUCCAAUACCUCCUGCCACGGCGCCAGGGUCCAGGCCUGUGUUCCACCGCUCUGCUCAGUCACCUGGUGGCCCUGCACAAUGAGCUGCUUCACGCUGUGGACCGCCACACUGGGGAAGACACCAGCUACAAAGUGAGUCUCUCAGAGCUGACAGAUCUGCAUGUGAUCCGCUAUGAAGUGGAGAAGGACCUGCUGCCCCUGGUGCUGUCAAACUGCCAGUACAGCCUGGAGCGCGGCAAGGAGACCCUGUCUGAGUACGACCUUCCCAAGAUCCAGCAGCAGGUCCUAACCCGCUUCCUGCAGGGCAAACCCCUCAUCACACUAACUGGAAUCCCGAUUUUGGUCACCAGACAUGAAAGAGAUUACGAAAGCAUUUUGAAAACAGUGAAAGGAAAAGUGUCUCAGGAGCGUCUGCCGUCCCUGACCCUCACAGCCCUGUCCAGGGAUCUGGAGUCGUACAGUGAGGUGUGUGAUGCCCUGAAGGCUAUGGAGCUGGCUCUGGGCUUCCUGUCCAUGACUGGGGGAGACACCCACAUGCCCUUGGUGCGUUACCUGGAGGACACGCUCAGGAUGAGCGAGCAGACCGAACCACACUUCUUAAAGGCUCUGGGCAGAUGCAGUCUAAAGCACUGUGUGGCUCUGUGGCAGCUCCUCUCUUCCCUCAAAUCAGAGAACAUGCUGAAGAGUCUGAAGAGGGACCCAUUCUCUGGGGUCUCGGCUGAGUACCAGAAGCACCUGGAGGAGGAGCAGAAGAAGCUGCUCCAAGGUUUCAUCACCGUGGGGAACAUCAACACCUGGCUUCUGGAGAUGCACGAGUUCCUCCUGCUGAACCUGGGGAGCCCUCGUGCCUCGGAUACCUAUGGACCACACUGGAGUGUCAAAGAGACUUUGGCUGCAUACAUGGACCGGAAAGAAGUACAAGUCCCUCCUGACGUGGAGGCUUCCUUCCCCGACGAGAUACUCCUCUCACAGAUUGUGGAGACCUGGAGAUUUACUGUGACUUACAAACAAGAAUGGAUGAUGUAAUGGAUUCCACCUGAAGGUGAUUUGUAAAGGACUACACUGGAUCACCGGGGAAAUGUUAGAAUAGAACACAAGUGCUUCUGAUUGUAUGCUGUAUAGAUGUAUGUCCUUUCUCCAGUGAUCUCACAGUAUGUGCCACACUGACACACCAUACUUAGAUACUAAGAGGAUUUAUAACUGGUAUGUGGGGAAUCUUGCCGUUCUCCUUACAAAACCUGCCUUGAAUGCAACAUUUUCUCAGGAAAACAUUCCAAAUAUCAUUUUUUGCUCAGACUAUGGGGUUGGUUCAAUCCGUAUCGCUGAUGUUCAGGGCAAUAGCGCAAUUGAAUAUUAAAGGCGGUGUUACUGUGUUCACAGAGACAGCAUUCACGGUAAAUAUGUCGGCUCAAUUGGAAAUUACCUUUACAUUUUAAGCGCGCCAUAGUGGUGGACUUCGGGUAAACGGAUUGAAUCAAGCCUUGUUUAAACCAAACUGUGUUUACAUAAUGUUUUAUGCAAUCAUUUUUGUUACUAGAUGUUUAUUUUGUGGGAAAUAUUUUUUACAUUAUUUGAGAGACUAACUCCAGUGCCGUUUUUAUGUUUAUGUUAUUGCUCUUAUCUUUUACAUUGUACUUUUAAAUGGGUUUAUAUUUUGGGAGAAUAUUGGUGGUUGGUGUUAUUUUAAAGUUAAUAUUUCCAAACAUUGAGUUCAGAUCAGUGCAAUAAGCAUCCGCUUGAGGGUGCUAUUGGCCCACAUUUUGUCAUUUACAGUCCUGAAGAUCUAAAAUCAAGUUAGUUAAAUACAUGACCUAAUCAUUUUAUCUGCCUGGUUUUAAUGUAUUCUGGUUGAAUAUGACUACAUUAUCUUCUUCCAUUUGUUUAAAAAAUGUGUCCAAAUCAUGGCAUCUUGAAAUAAAAGGGCUGGUGCUGUCAA